AUGAGCUCUGUGGCGCCAGCUCCAGGCUCCUUCCCGCCCGGGACGAUCUUCUUUCACCCAAUCGCGAAACCCGGAUCGAAUGGCGAGACCAAGUUCUGCAGGAAAGUUGUUGUGGACGUCCGCGACGACAGCUUGAUUUGCCUACCCGUCACAACGAAUGGCGGCCAUGCAACCACGAAGCUCGACCGUGCGCGUCAGAGCCAGCAUUCCAUCAUCUACACGGGCAUCAAGCCACCCAAUCCGGCGUGGCGCGAGCGCCAUUUGCGGAAAGCCGCCAUCCAAGCAACCAUUGACAAAAGCCCCAAGGUGCUCAACCAACUGUCACGCAUCGACUAUGGCACUGAAGUUGUCGUGGAGUGUACAGACGAACUCAGUCAUCUGGGUCGAGUCAACUCUGUUGACACACUCGAUAAGGAAUGGAAGAAGGUGAGAAGGGCGCAGAAAGCGGCCGCGCCCGAGGCAGAGAGCGCCCAGUCGCACUCGUCAAGUGCCCUGACUGGGCCCGAGCCCGAGUCGGAUGCGCAAGAACGAGCAUCCCAGCGAGCUGUGGCCCGUCCAGACUCUCCACCACCAUGUGUGCGUGCUGAGCAGAGCGUUGCAACUCUGAAGCCUAAAGAAGUCAUGGUCAAAGACGGUUCGAGCUCCAACGAAGCCUCCAAACCACCCCGAACAGCUCGCCUACGAGAUGCUCCCGAGCGCAAGAGUGUUUCGACCUCGAGUGCGCAGGACCACAAUUUCUCACCAGACUCAUCGGUCGCGGCUGGCAUCUUCGCUGAAGCAGUCGAGGCUGCUGUGUUACGGCUUAUGGCCGCGACCGAGUCCAGCAAGCAGAAGACAGCGUCUGUCGAGGAAGUCAUCAGACAGACGGGCAUCCACAGCCAAAUCAACAGCCCCUACAAUGUCUUCCAAGUCAAGCCCAUGUUCAACGGCCCACCCCCGCCGUACGACGUCAUGGACUUCGAAGAAAGAUGUCGGACUCCCAUCAGCCAGAGGCGGGCCGAGGAGCCAGGCAGAACGGCCGGCCACAGCAGCUCGGAGACGCCUCCACCCAGCAUCCCCCCUCCUGCACCGAUGCCACCCUCGAGUGGAAUGCAGAGUCCGGAACAAGACGGAUACGAAGAGUCCGACGCGACAGAGGAUACUUCAGAGGAUGAACCAGAGUACGAAGAGCAGCCCACCAACCUGCACAUGGCGGCGCGGAGAGCCCAGUGGCAGCAGGCACUAAACACGUACCUGAAGCCGCAUCAAAUCGGCACGGGUCGCGGCCCCCCCUCGUCGCGGGCGGAAUCAAGCCGCAGCGCAUCUCAGAGGCAGGUGAAGAAGCGCAAGGACACGCUGUUCCUCUUCUUGGACUGCAACCGGCAGCAACUGAGCCUCGAAGGGCGCCUGGACACGGGCGCCGACUGCAACUUCAUCUCGCCGCCCGCCGCCCGCGAGGUUGCCCAGUCUUACCACAGGUACUGCGGCGAGCCGAUAGAGGUCGCCAACGGCGCGGUCCAUAUGCCUGAGUGGCUGAUCUUCACCCGUUGGAGCAUUCAGAACGACGACAACAUAUUUUGGCAUGACGGGUUCAUUGUGUUCAACCAGUUGCCUUGCGAUGUCAUUAUCGGGGAGGAGACCAUCAAGAAGAACGAUAUUCUCCGCGCGAGUCCCAGGUAUUCGGGGUGCUUCAUGCUUCGGUUUGCUUCUUCGGGAGGUAAGAAAAAGAAAGAAGAACAGGAGGAAGAGAGAAGGCGCAGACAGGAGCACAACCGUCAGAUGGCAGCUCAGCAAAACAGCCAGACAUACCAAGAGCUAGAACAAGAGUACGCAAAUGAGAUGAACGGACAGCGAGGGUACGGUGGGCAAAAUGGCCCGUGA